AUGGCUAUAAUCGCCACCUCACCUGAAACCAUUGCGCUCCAGUUUAUCUCCAACUCAGGCGACCACCAUAGAAGAAACCACCAUCGCCUUCUUCUUCUCAGGAAGAUUCCUCCGACUUCUUCGUUGUUGUGGGCCCGUAAACUCCGUCAUUUCAUAGAUUCUGGUGUUUAUCUUGGCUCCGAAGCUUUAAUGGGAAUUUUUUUCAGAAUUUUGAAAUCCCCAGCGUUGGUGGGUAGAGCACAACACACCGCCUCCCUUCUUUCAAUCAAAUGGUGUUCUGCUGCUCGCUUCCUUUUCUUCCGCCUUCGGGUUUUUGAUCUCGGAUCAGUCAACCAAGCCACAUUCCUCCCCUACGGCAAAUCCCAAAUGGAGUUCUACGCCGACGACCUGGUUCCAUGGCUAGAAAACCAGACCUCGAACCUUGCCACCGGAUCCGCCAGCGCGUUAUUAACCAUUGCCAUGGACGCGUUGGUGCCAAGCUCCAACACCCAUCUGCAAACGCUGCGGCCAGCUGCUAAUGGCUUCGUGGUUCACCCAAAUCGAAACUAG